GUCUCAAUAAGUUAGUCCCCCCGCCCCGCCCCUAGCGGCCCCCGUUAUUCUUUUUGAGUACUUUUCAAGAACGAGGGGAAAAAAAAGAAGCAAAAAUCAUCUCUUUUGUGUGGAUUCUCUCAUCUCUUAUUGAGUCUUGGAGAUGAUUGCUAUUUAUAGUGUCAUCGUUCUAGCAGCUCACUGAAAUCUAUUGCUUUUUCUUGAUUGAUGGAACUCGAUUUUCUCUCUGCACAUAUGCGUAAUCCACCGAUUUUUCGAGGCAUUUUUUCGAGUUUUUAUCCUGUGCCUAGGACCCGUUUGAUAUUAUGCCCCAAUGAAUCUCAACUGGGUAAUUUUUCACUCUUUCCCUCUGUUCACUUUAACUGUUUCUCAUGUGCUGCUGUUCAAAUUGUGGAACCUAACUGCCCAUCAGUUGAAAAAAAACAAAACUUUCAAGAUUCUGUUGGGUCUAGGAGGUUGAGUACUAAAGAGUUGAAAUAUGGUACUAAGAAAAGGUUAGUUGAAAGGGGUGAUGGUGGGUUUUUGAUUAAGGACAAGAAAAGGGGGCUUAAAUGGUAUUCUGAAAUGCUCAAGGAUUAUGCUGCUAAGUUAUGUUUGAAGGAAGGUAAAGCUCUACAUGGUGAAAUGGUUAGGAGUGGGGUAGAACCAGAUUCACAUUUAUGGGUUUCUUUGGUUAAUUUCUAUUCGAAAUGUGGGGAUUUAGUUUUCGCAGAAAAUGCGUUUGAUUUACUUCCCAACAGAGAUGUUGUGUCGUGGACAGCAUUGAUAGCAGGGUUUAUAGCUCAAGGGUAUGGAAGUAAAGGGAUUUUUUUAUUCCGUGAGAUGAGGGGAGAAGAUAUUAGGCCUAAUGAGUUCACUUUGGCAACAGUUUUAAAGGGUUGUUCAAUGUGUUUAGAUUUGGAGUUUGGGAAACAACUACAUGCUGAGGUUGUUAAAGGUGCACCCUUUUCAGAUGUUUAUGUUGGUUCUGCUCUUGUUGAUUUGUAUGCUAAAUGCUGUGAAUUAGAAUCUGCUGUUAAAGUAUUCUUUUCCAUGCCGGAGCAGAAUUCAGUGUCAUGGAAUGUUUUACUUAAUGGGUAUGUGCAGGCUGGUCAAGGAGAGGAGGCUCUGAAAUUGUUUUUGAAGAUGCCAGAUUCAGAGAUGAGGUUUAGUAAUUAUACCCUAUCUACUAUUUUAAAGGGUUGUGCAAAUUCAGUUAAUCUGAAAGCUGGUCAAGUUAUCCACUCAAUGUUGGUCAAAAUUGGGUCUGAAAUCGAUGAUUUUACAAGCUGCAGUCUUGUAGAUAUGUAUAACAAAUGUGGUCUGCAAAAUGAUGCACUGAAAGUGUUUUUAAGGACUAAAAAUCCUGACACUGUGGCAUGGACUGCAAUGAUCAGUGGACUUGAUCAGCAAGGACAGAAGAGAGAAGCUAUUCAGCUUUUUUGCUUGAUGAGGCAUUCAGGUUUGAGGCCUAAUCAAUUUACACUAGCUAGUGUUGUUAGUGCAGCGGCUGAUUCAAUGGAUUUAAGGUGUUGCAAAAGUAUCCAUGCUUGUGUUUACAAAUUUAGUUUUGACUCAGAAGAGUAUGUCAGUAAUGCAUUGAUUGCAAUGUACAUGAAAUUUGGGUCAGUUUUGGAUGGAUAUCGUAUAUUUUCUUCUUUGAGUAAUAGGGAUAUAAUUUCGUGGAACUCCCUUUUGUCUGGAUUCCAUGAUAAUGGAACUUCUUAUGAAGGGCCUAAAAUCUUCAGGCAGUUGCUUGUUGAAGGUUUGAGGCCAAAUAUUUACACGCUCAUCAGCAAUUUGAGAUCUUGUGCAAGCCUCUCAGAUGCCAGUCUGGGGAAACAAGUGCAUGCCCAUGUAGUUAAAACCGACCUUGGUGGCAAUGUAUAUGUAGGAACUGCUUUGGUUGAUAUGUAUGCCAAGUGUGGGCAGCUGGAUGAUGCAGAAUUGAUCUUUUACAGAUUGAGUGAAAAAGAUGUGUUCACUUGGACAGUGGUCAUUUCAGGUUAUGCCCAGUCUGAUCAAGGAGAAAAGGCUUUCCGAUGCUUCAAUCAGAUGCAAAGGGAAGCUAUUAAACCCAAUGAGUUCACUCUUGCUAGCUGUCUAAAAGGUUGUUCACGUAUAGCCAGCCUAGACAAUGGGCGGCAGUUGCAUUCUGUGGUAAUGAAGUCUGGGCAGUUCAGUGAUAUGUAUGUAGCUAGUGCAUUAAUUGACAUGUAUGCAAAAUCUGGAUGCAUCAUAGAUGCCGAGUCUCUAUUUCAGAGCAUGGGAUCCAGUGAUACAGUGUUGUGGAACACAAUUAUAUAUGCUUACUCCCAACAUGGACUAGAUGAAAAAGCAUUGGAAACAUUUAGAACCAUGUUAAGUGAAGGUAUUCCGCCCGAUGGGAUUACCUUUCUUGCUGUCCUCUCUGCAUGCAGCCAUCUGGGCCUGGUCAAAGAAGGAAGAAGGCAUUUUGACUCAAUAAAAAAUGGCUUUGGUAUCACUCCUUCAAUGGAACAUUAUGCUUGUAUGGUUGAUAUCCUUGGCCGUGCAGGCAAAUUUAAUGAAAUGGAACACUUCAUUGAGGGUAUGGAGCUUGCUCCUGAUGCCUUGAUAUGGGAGACUGUUCUUGGAGUCUGCAAGGCUCAUGGAAAUGUGGAAUUGGCUGAGAAAGCUGCAAACACACUUUUCGAAAUUGAUCCAAAAGCAGAGUCAAGUUAUAUAUUGUUGUCCAAUAUAUAUGCAUCAAAAGGUAGGUGGGCUGAUGUUUCGAGGGUUAGAGCACUAAUGUCCAGGCAGGGUGUCAAAAAGGAACCUGGUUGUAGCUGGACUGAGAUUGAUAAUCAAGUUCAUGUCUUCUUAUCUCAGGAUGCUUCACAUCCUAAGUUAAAGGAUAUCCAUAAAAAGUUGACGGAGCUGGCUUCGAGAAUUACUGCUGCAGGAUAUAUUCCAAACACAGACUAUGUGCUUCAUAAUGUCUCUGACAAAGAAAAGAUAGACAACCUUUCACAUCAUAGUGAAAGGCUAGCUCUAGCAUUUGCUCUCAUGAGCAGCAGUAGGAAUAGCACUGUCAGGAUCUUUAAAAAUCUUUGCAUCUGUGGAGAUUGCCAUGAAUUUAUGAAGCUGGCGUCAAUUGUUACAAACCGAGAAAUAGUUAUUCGUGAUAUUAACCUCUUCCACCACUUCUCUCAUGGAACAUGCUCAUGUAAGGACUAUUGGUGAUUAUUGACUGGCUGACCUAGUCAGGCAAGACUAUUCAUGUUCCGCAGCUGCAACAAAUCAAUAGUGCUCAAUUGAAGUUCUAAAUGCAAGUCAUGAUAUGUCAAUAUGAAUAUAUUAUUGAGGCGACAAGUAAUGAGGACUAAUAGCUGGAUUGAUAAGUUACCUGAAGGGACUAAUAUAUCAAAAGGUCAAUCAAUCUCUGAGCACUGAAACUAGGUGUGUCAAAGCUCUGAUAAACUUGCUGCAAAAGGUGAAGAAACUGCUCAAGUAAAUCAGAGGCUUAUAUUCUUCUCUGUCUGUGCCGAUGUUUUUGCUGAGGGUCUGUCUAUACACCAGUUAAAAAGGAACUAUACAUAGGAACAACAGAAAGAGCAUAUCCUUAGGUUUCUCACAUUAGUAAGGAGGAAACAAAGCAACCGUAUCACGAAGGUUAAAUGAGUUGUCUCAGAAAAAUCAUCUCAGACUGGUAUGUGAUGUGGUCAAAAUACACUUGAUCCGGCGAUAAUAAAGUUGUCUAACGAAAAACGCGUGGAGUAAAUAGGAGGUUCAAAGUUCCCUAUUGCAUAGGAUCUACUCAGCUGCAUGGGACUGCAGUAGAGCCUCAGGGAAAGAAGAGCAAGAGCAAAAGGAUAGGCUGACGUGCCUCGCAAAUCAGAGAAUAGGAAAGAUGGAAGAUAUACCACCUCAAAUGUAACUCUGACGGGAUCUGAUCUACCAAAUAGCUUCUAACAAGCUGGGAAACAAGGGAUAAAAUUACAACAGGAGUUGGAAAAUGUAGGUUUGAAAAAAAUGAUACAAUUGGUUUACUCCGCCUAAGGACUGCAUUGAAGUUUCCAGGAUGGUUGAACCAUUGUGUUAUUAGGUGCCAAACCAGUAGCCAUGCUGUUGCACCUCACAAGUAGGCCUAGAGAGAGUCCUUCGUGCUUAUAGCAAUUUAUCUCGUAUGAAAUCCUAGCGUCAUCUUUAAGCAUGCUGAGUAACCAUGGUUUAAAUAAUACUUGUUUGUCAUGUUCUCUUAAAUGAUUUACAUCAGUUUAACUUGAUGCAGCGAUGUUGCUUAAAAUGUUGUAAAUCUCAGACGUUGGCAUAAUGCAACAGUGUAUAGCUAUUGAGUUUUUAACA